AGUUUCAGUUAUCCCAAUCGUUUGCUCGAAGUUGGACCUAUUUUGAAUACGUAAGAAUUGAACGCUUCGCAGGGACUUUCGAUUAUAAUUCUCGAAAACGAAUUCACUGUUGUAAUAAAAGCGACAAAUUUAAAUCAUUUAUUCAAAUAAAAUAAGCAACAAAUAGAAAUACCAAAAUGCAGACAAUAUCGUGGAAAUGUUUAGCGGUGAUUGCAAUCGCGAUGUGCUCGCUUGUUAUGGCUGUCCCAGUACCAGAAGAAAACGACUUCGAUGCACUAAGUCCAGAAGAUGCAGUUCCUGAUAACGAACUUGACGUACAAGAUCGUGACAAGAGAAAAAUCUUUGGACCCGAUAUUGGUUUUGGAGUGAAGAAUGCAGUUUUGGGCUAUGUCUUCGGUAAAAUCGAUGGUAUUCUAGACGCAAAAACAAAACUAUUGAAUCAAUUCGAUGAAACAAAUGUGGCUAAAAACAAGGCUGCUGGCAUUGAACCACCGGCACCAAUAAGUUCACUUCAACAAUUAUUACAAGCGGUCAUUCAACCAAAACUUGCGGUAAUCACAUCGAAAUUUGGUGCUCUUAGCGGAAGCUCAGCCGGAGGUUUGGGUUCAUUAAGUGGCGGUUCAAGUGGCGGAUUAAGCGGUGGUGCUCCAGUUCCAUCACCAGAUUCCGAUGAUUCUCAUGCCGAUUUGAAUGACGACGAUACGGGCGCUCCGGUCGUUUCAGGCGGUUCAGGAAAUAUUCUGUCAUCAUUUUUGAAACUUUCGGGCCCUAUUCUUUCAUCAUCAUCAAGCAGUGCCAAGGGAGGUCAAUUAGUUCCAAUUCCAACCGAUGACGAUGAAGAAGACGAAAGCGAUGUAGAUAAUGGUGUUCCACUUGUUCGUGUCACAAGAGCCACACCUGUCUUGCCGCAGGGAGUGACCGAUGACACUCCAGAUUUUAAUCGUGAGAUGGUCAUGCUUGACAUUCCCGAUCAACUUUUCGGCAACUCAUUCACCAUUGUUACGAAUAUUUCGAAACUUUUCGGUGAUCUAAUGAUGAGUUCAGCGCGCCGUUACGCAAAUUUUGUACAAUAUUUUAAACCGCUGCUUGGAAAAGCACUUACAGUAAAAGGCCUGUAUCCACCUCCGCCAACUACAACACCACAACCAAUUACAGACACCAAUGAUAUUUGAUACAUUUCUCAACUUAAUUUAUUUAUUUAAUAAAAAUAUUAAAACAAUUUUACGAUAUGAUGGGCGGGUGCAAAAUUUUCAAUUAAAGAAAUUAAAUUCCAAA